AUGGCGGCAAACAACGCGAACUACCGCAUCAAGGUGAUCAAGGAUGGGUGCACUGCCGAGGAGCUGUUUCAGGGCGAUGGGCUGACAUACAAUGACUUUAUUAUUCUGCCGGGCUUCAUUGACUUUGGCGCUGCCGAUGUGAACAUCUCUGGCCAGUUCACGAAGCAAAUCCGUCUCCACAUCCCGAUCGUGUCGUCACCGAUGGACACCAUCACGGAGAACGAGAUGGCCAAGACAAUGGCGCUCAUGGGCGGCGUCGGUGUACUGCACAACAACUGCACGGUGGAGCGGCAGGUGGAGAUGGUGAAGUCGGUGAAGGCGUACCGUAACGGGUUCAUCUCCAAGCCCAAGUCGGUGACGCCAAACACUCCCAUCAGCGAGAUCAUCCGCAUCAAAGAGGGUAAGGGCAUCAGUGGCAUCCUUGUGACGGAGAACGGCGACCCACACGGCAAGCUGCUGGGCAUUGUGUGCACUAAAGAUAUCGACUACGUGAAAAAAAAGGAAACCCCGGUAUCGGCGGUCAUGACGCGACGUGAUAAGAUGACGGUGGAGCGUGCGCCGAUCCAGCUGGAAGAGGCAAUGGAUGUGCUGAACCGCAGUCGACACGGCUACCUGCCCAUUGUGAACGGGAACGACGAGAUUGUCUACCUCUGCUCCCGUCGCGAUGCUGUCCGCGCGCGUGAUUACCCCCACAGCACGCUGGACAAGAGUGGACGUCUCAUUUGCGCUGCCGCGACCUCAACGCGCCCAGAGGACAAGCGGCGCGUAGCAGCGCUGGCAGAGGUCGGCGUUGAUGUGCUGGUUCUGGACAGCUCUCAGGGCAACACGAUUUACCAGAUCGCCUUCAUCAAGUGGAUUAAGUCGACGUAUCCGCACCUCGAGGUAGUGGCGGGGAACGUGGUGACGCAAGAUCAGGCCAAGAAUCUCAUUGAUGCCGGCGCGGACGGUAUUCGCAUUGGCAUGGGCAGCGGCAGCAUCUGCAUCACGCAGGAGGUGCUCGCUUGCGGUCGCCCUCAAGGCACGGCGGUGUUCAAGGUGGCUCAGUACUGCGCGUCCCGCGGCGUUCCGUGUACCGCUGAUGGUGGCCUACGCCAAGUCGGCGACAUCUGCAAGGCGCUCGCCAUCGGCGCCAACUGCGCGAUGCUCGGCGGCAUGCUGAGUGGCACGACGGAGACGCCCGGCGAGUACUUCUUCAAGGGUGGCGUGCGCCUGAAGGUGUACCGCGGCAUGGGUAGCCUGGAGGCGAUGAGUCAGGGCAAGGAAUCCGGCAAGCGCUAUCUCUCUGAGAACGAGGUGGUGCAGGUGGCGCAGGGCGUGUCUGGCAACGUGGUGGAUAAGGGCUCUGCCGAGAAGCUCAUUGCCUACAUCGCGAAGGGACUUCAACAAUCCGCACAGGACAUUGGCGAGAUCAGCUUCGACGCGAUUCGAGAGAAGCUGUACGCCGGUCAGGUGCUUUUCAGCCGCCGCUCCGUCACAGCCCAGGGCGAGGGUGGCGUGCAUUCGCUUCACAGCUACGAGAAGAAACUGUUUGCAGCCAAGAUGUAG